CAAUUUUUCUAAAAUAAUGAUUUAGAAGAAUCCAAAAUGGCAAAUCACGCUUUGUCAUUAGAUAAGUUCCAGCAUCUUUCGAUGACGAUGCAGCUGUACAACUGUAAAUGUAAAUAUGUGUGUACAUAUUGCCAAAAUGUGUCCGUCCAAGCGACUAUAAAUUAUGGCUGCCACCGACGUUGUGGCAACAGUAGUCCUUGGCGGUUGCAAGUACUAACAUACCCAGUUACUUUUAUUAAGUCGUGAAAUUCUGCUAGAAAACCAUAAAUAAGCCAUGGAUCAGCGAAUUGUUCUCAUUAUUAUGCUGUUCGCCGGUUGCCGUUAUACGAGUUGUGGCGCUAAGUUGUUUGAGCCGAUCGACUACCAGGGUGACCUGUUUAUUGGUUUGAAGAAUCAGCAGCCACAUAAACGCUACCAAAGCAGUGAGCCGAGGGAGCUGAACGCCAUCCAUGGAAAAAAUGACAAUGCGGACAUAUUCGACGAGCUGCAAGCUGAUGUUUACGAAAACCUGGUGCGGCUAAUGAAAGAAAUGCAAAACGAACACGAACGCUUGUCAAUCCGUUAUAAACCGAAUUUAGGCAAACGCUCUCAGUUAUACAAGUUAGAGGUUUAACUUAAAUAAAAUAAUCUGUAAUACCAUGAGAUGGAUAAUGUAAAACGAGUAAAAUGAGUAAGGCUUUGUAAAAACAAAAUGUAAAAAAGUGGUUAAGUAUUUAGUUCCAUUAACUGGAUUCAUGUCUUUAGUUUUAGCGUUUGGAAUAUGCUUAAAAUAAAUUUGAAUACAUAAUCUAUAUGUUGCAAUA